AUGGACAGCCAGGGAAGGAAAGUGGUAGUCUGUGACAAUGGGACCGGGUUUGUCAAGUGCGGCUAUGCAGGCUCCAACUUCCCAGAGCACAUCUUCCCUGCGCUCGUUGGGAGGCCCAUCAUUCGCUCGACAGCCAAAGUCGGAAACAUUGAGAUCAAGGACCUGAUGGUGGGGGACGAGGCCAGCGAGCUGCGCUCCAUGCUGGAGGUUAACUACCCUAUGGAGAACGGCAUCGUCAGGAACUGGGAUGACAUGAAGCACCUGUGGGAUUACACCUUCGGCCCAGAGAAGCUAAACAUCGACUCGCGCAACUGCAAGAUCCUGCUGACCGAGCCGCCCAUGAACCCCACCAAGAACCGCGAAAAAAUCAUUGAGGUGAUGUUUGAGACCUACCAGUUUGCAGGAGUGUACAUUGCUAUUCAAGCUGUGCUGACACUGUAUGCCCAAGGCCUUCUGACCGGUGUGGUGGUGGACUCAGGUGACGGUGUGACACACAUCUGUCCAGUGUAUGAGGGUUUCAGCCUGCCCCACUUGACAAGGCGCCUGGACAUUGCAGGCAGGGACAUCACCCGCUACCUCAUCAAGCUGCUGUUGUUGAGGGGCUACGCCUUCAAUCACUCUGCAGAUUUUGAGACGGUGCGCAUGAUGAAGGAGAAGCUGUGCUAUGUGGGCUACAACAUUGAGCAGGAGCAGAAGCUGGCGCUGGAGACCACCGUGCUGGUGGAAUCAUACACGCUGCCAGAUGGUCGUGUGAUCAAGGUGGGAGGAGAGCGGUUUGAGGCCCCGGAGGCUCUGUUCCAGCCCCACCUCAUCAACGUGGAGGGUGUCGGAGUGGCUGAGCUCCUCUUCAACACCAUCCAGGCAGCCGACAUAGACACCAGGGCUGAGUUCUACAAACACAUCGUCCUGUCAGGAGGAUCCACCAUGUACCCGGGCCUACCUUCUCGGCUGGAGAGGGAACUCAAGCAGCUGUAUCUGGAGCGUGUACUCAAAGGAGAUGUGGACAAGCUUUCGAAAUUCAAGAUCCGGAUUGAGGAUCCUCCCAGACGAAAGCACAUGGUGUUCCUGGGCGGAGCCGUGCUGGCUGACAUCAUGAAGGACAAGGACAACUUCUGGCUGACCCGGGAGGAGUACCAGGAGAAAGGAGUGCGUGUGCUGGAAAAACUCGGAGUCACCGUCAGAUAAAGCACUGGACGGACAGACCACACACACACACACACACACACACAUAAAUACACACACUUACAUGACAUACACAUAUUUCCCCCUCGCCCACAUUGCAGAGUAUAUAUCUAUUUAUCCCUCUUUCUCUCUUUCGGCUCUUGAUGCUCUUCAAACAUCAGAGGCAAUUGAGCCGCCACCUCCCCCUCCUCUUUCUCUCUCUCCUCUCUGCCUCUCCUCUCCUGGUUUGGGAUUGGCUCACACUUUUCCUUGCAAGAACCAUCUUUGCAGAUUUACACUGAAACCCCACCUUUUACUUAAACCUCGAAUUGAAGGGUUAAUGUUGCCCCGCUGGCGUAUUUUAGAGUCUGAUUGUCACCGAGUGCUGGCGGCAAAGGUUUAAAUCGGGGCGGGAAAUGUUAACUCUGCAUGUUUACCUGCAAGUAGGUUAGUCAUAGGAGUUAAAUUCGGCAGGUAAACCGAAACGGUGAGUUGUUUUGAGAAAGGUUCCCUGCCUUUAUUGAACGUCCGGAGGGGAUAAAUUGAUGCAAAGUUUCUAAGCAACUCGUAAGCAUCUGUAAUAUCACAAUCAGGGUCCACAACAAACAGCCACGGGCCGCUUUCAGCAUCUGUUCCAGGUGAGCGAGAACUGAUCACAUUUUUAUGUCGGUUUUUAUAAAUGAUAUCAUGACUUUUCUUUUCUGGGAGAGGGAUUACUUUUUGUUCUGCUUUUCCUUUUGUUGUUUGAUGUACGAGUUCAAUUUAUAUCUUGAAUAUUAUUUUUUUCAUUAACUUUUUUUUUUUUUUUGUUGCUGUGCACUACUACCAUUGUAAAUGGAGUGUAUUGUGAUAACAGAAGUUCCUCCAUGUUUUUAUGAAGAAUUGAUGGUUGAUUGAUAAAGGGACAAAUACUUAAAGGAGCCCCUGAGCUUGAUAUCGAGUGUGUGACGGUACUGUGGGGUGAUGAAGCAGUGGUGUGUGUGUGUGUGUGUGUGUGUGUGUGUGUGUGUGUGUAGGGGAGGGGUGAUACUAUUUGUUCGUCAUUAGUCAGCCUCGCCUCUGCCUCCUUCUCUUGGGGUAAAUCUCAAGCUGAAUGAAUGGGUGUGAGCAGUUGUGACGACGCCACAGCACCUCACCUGUCGUAUUCCUUCAGAUGCACCGGAGCAUGGAGGCAGUCGCAGGCUGACGACGAGAUCGAUUUUUGAAUCUGGGCACAGAGCACCGCAAAAUAAAACGGUAUUUUAUGGAUGUUGGAAUGCGGAAGUUUUCCAGUCUUUCACUCCCAAAUAAUCAACUUAAUGAUUACUGGAGGCACUUCUAUUUUGAAUAUGAGUAUUAUUAUUUUUUUCCUUUCCUCUUUCCAUCAACGUCUAUCCAGUGCCAAGAGCAGUUAAUGUGGAUCUCUCAUGAUUUUCUUCUUGUCACUGUUUUUGUUUUUUAUUUUCCUGUGUUGUUCAUAGCAUAACUGCCUAACGCUGAUUUAAAUAAAGAAAAGUGAUUUAUAAGGA